AUGGGUGUAUCCGAUGCCGUCAUUUUACAGCAACACGAGCUGCUUGUGGGACUGCCGUUGCCACCACCCAGAGUCAGUGCUCAGGCUCAGAAAUCCUGGAUAGAAAGAGCAUUUUAUAAAAGAGAAUGUGUUCACAUCAUACCCAGCACCAAAGACCCCCAUAGGUGUUGCUGCGGGCGUCUAAUAGGCCAGCAUGUCGGCCUUACUCCCAGCAUCUCAGUUCUUCAGAAUGAGAAAAAUGAAAGUCGCAUCUCCCGAAAUGACAUCCAGUCUGAGAAGUGGUCCAUCAGCAAGCACACUCAACUCAGCCCGACAGAUGCUUUUGGGACCAUUGAGUUCCAAGGAGGCGGCCAUUCCAACAAAGCCAUGUAUGUGCGGGUAUCUUUCGAUACAAAAGCUGAUCUCCUCCUACACCUGAUGACCAAGGAGUGGCAGCUGGAGCUUCCCAAGCUUCUCAUCUCUGUCCACGGGGGCCUGCAGAACUUUGAACUGCAGCCGAAGCUCAAGCAAGUCUUCGGGAAAGGUCUCAUCAAAGCGGCCAUGACAACUGGCGCGUGGAUAUUCACUGGAGGGGUUAACACAGGUGUUAUUCGUCACGUUGGAGAUGCCUUAAAGGACCACGCAUCUAAGUCUCGGGGGAAGAUAUGUACCAUAGGUAUCGCCCCCUGGGGAAUUGUGGAAAACCAGGAGGACCUGAUUGGAAGAGACGUCGUCCGACCGUAUCAGACCAUGUCCAAUCCCAUGAGCAAGCUCACUGUUCUCAACAGCAUGCAUUCCCACUUCAUCCUGGCCGACAAUGGCACCACCGGCAAAUAUGGAGCAGAGGUGAAACUUAGGAGACAACUGGAAAAGCAUAUUUCACUCCAGAAGAUAAACACAAGAUGCCUGCCGUUUUUCUCUCUUGACUCCCGCUUGUUUUAUUCAUUUUGGGGUAGUUGCCAAUUAGACCCAAUUGGAAUCGGUCAAGGCGUUCCGGUGGUGGCGCUCAUUGUGGAAGGAGGACCCAACGUGAUCUCAAUUGUCUUGGAGUACCUUCGAGACACCCCUCCCGUGCCGGUUGUUGUCUGUGAUGGCAGUGGACGGGCAUCUGACAUCCUGGCAUUUGGGCAUAAAUAUUCAGAAGAAGGCGGACUUAUAAAUGAAUCUUUGAGGGACCAGCUGCUGGUGACCAUCCAGAAGACAUUCACAUACACUCGAACCCAGGCUCAGCAUCUCUUCAUCAUCCUCAUGGAGUGCAUGAAGAAGAAGGAAUUGAUUACGGUAUUUCGGAUGGGAUCAGAAGGACACCAAGACAUUGAUUUAGCUAUCCUGACAGCUUUGCUCAAAGGAGCCAAUGCCUCGGCCCCAGACCAACUGAGCUUAGCGUUAGCCUGGAACAGAGUCGACAUCGCUCGCAGCCAGAUCUUUAUUUAUGGGCAACAGUGGCCGGUGGGGUCUCUGGAGCAAGCCAUGUUGGAUGCCCUGGUUCUGGACAGAGUGGAUUUUGUGAAAUUACUGAUCGAGAAUGGAGUAAGCAUGCACCGUUUUCUCACCAUCUCCAGACUAGAGGAAUUAUACAAUACGAGACAUGGGCCCUCAAACACAUUGUACCACUUGGUCAGGGAUGUCAAAAAGGGGAACCUGCCCCCGGACUACAGAAUCAGCCUGAUCGACAUCGGCCUGGUGAUCGAGUACCUGAUGGGCGGCGCCUACCGCUGCAACUACACCCGCAAGCGCUUCCGGACGCUAUACCACAACCUCUUCGGCCCCAAGAGGCCCAAAGCCUUGAAGCUGCUGGGAAUGGAGGACGAUGUUCCCUUGAGGCGAGGAAGAAAGACAACCAAGAAGCGUGAAGAAGAGGUGGACAUUGACUUGGAUGACCCUGAGAUCAACCACUUCCCUUUCCCUUUCCACGAGCUGAUGGUAUGGGCCGUCCUGAUGAAGCGACAGAAGAUGGCCCUGUUCUUCUGGCAGCAUGGCGAGGAGGCCAUGGCCAAGGCCCUGGUGGCCUGCAAGCUCUGUAAAGCCAUGGCGCACGAGGCUUCCGAGAACGACAUGGUCGAUGACAUCUCCCAGGAGCUGAACCACAACUCCAGGGACUUUGGCCAGCUGGCCGUGGAGCUCCUGGACCAGUCCUACAAGCAGGACGAGCAGCUGGCCAUGAAACUGCUGACGUAUGAGCUAAAGAACUGGAGCAAUGCCACAUGCCUGCAGCUCGCUGUGGCUGCCAAGCACCGCGACUUCAUUGCACACACGUGCAGCCAGAUGUUGCUCACAGACAUGUGGAUGGGCCGGCUCCGCAUGCGCAAGAACUCAGGCCUCAAGGUAAUUCUGGGAAUUCUACUUCCUCCUUCAAUUCUCAGCUUGGAGUUCAAGAACAAAGACGACAUGCCCUAUAUGACUCAGGCCCAGGAAAUCCAUCUCCAAGAGAAGGAGCCAGAAGAACCGGAGAAGCCGACGAAGGAAAAAGAUGAAGAAGACAUGGAACUGACAGCAAUGUUGGGACGAAACAACGGGGAAUCCUCCAGGAAGAAGGAUGAAGAGGAAGUUCAAAGCAGGCACCGGUUAAUCCCCCUGGGCAGAAAAAUCUAUGAAUUCUACAAUGCACCCAUCGUGAAGUUCUGGUUCUACACUCUGGCAUACAUCGGAUACCUGAUGCUCUUCAACUAUAUCGUGUUGGUGAAAAUGGAGCGCUGGCCUUCCACCCAGGAAUGGAUCGUCAUUUCCUAUAUUUUCACCCUGGGAAUAGAAAAGAUGAGAGAGAUUCUGAUGUCAGAGCCAGGGAAGUUGCUGCAGAAAGUGAAGGUGUGGCUGCAGGAAUACUGGAACGUCACAGACCUCAUAGCCAUCCUUCUGUUCUCUGUUGGAAUGAUCCUUCGUCUCCAAGACCAGCCCUUCAGGAGUGAUGGAAGGGUUAUCUAUUGUGUGAACAUCAUUUACUGGUACAUCCGUCUGUUAGACAUCUUCGGCGUGAACAAGUAUUUGGGCCCAUAUGUAAUGAUGAUUGGAAAAAUGAUGAUAGAUAUGAUGUACUUUGUCAUCAUUAUGCUGGUGGUGCUGAUGAGUUUUGGGGUCGCCAGGCAAGCCAUUCUCUUUCCCAAUGAGGAGCCAUCAUGGAAAUUGGCCAAGAACAUCUUCUACAUGCCCUAUUGGAUGAUUUAUGGGGAAGUGUUUGCGGACCAGAUAGACCCUCCCUGUGGACAGAAUGAGACCCGAGAGGAUGGCAAAAUAAUCCAGUUGCCUCCCUGCAAGACAGGAGCCUGGAUCGUGCCAGCCAUCAUGGCCUGCUACCUUUUAGUGGCAAACAUCCUGCUGGUCAACCUCCUCAUCGCUGUCUUUAACAAUACCUUUUUUGAGGUAAAAUCAAUAUCCAACCAAGUGUGGAAGUUUCAGAGGUAUCAGCUCAUCAUGACUUUCCAUGAAAGGCCAGUUCUGCCCCCACCUCUGAUCAUCUUCAGCCACAUGACCAUGAUAUUCCAGCACCUGUGUUGCCGAUGGAGGAAACACGAGAGCGACCCAGACGAAAGGGACUAUGGCCUGAAACUCUUCAUAACUGAUGACGAGCUCAAGAAAGUACAUGAUUUCGAAGAACAGUGCAUCGAGGAAUAUUUCAGAGAAAAGGAUGAUCGGUUCAAUUCAUCCAAUGAUGAGAGGAUACGGGUGACUUCAGAAAGGGUGGAGAACAUGUCCAUGCGGCUGGAGGAAGUCAACGAGAGAGAGCACUGCAUGAAGGCUUCGCUCCAGACCGUGGACAUCCGGCUGGCACAGCUCGAGGACCUCAUCGGGCGCAUGGCCACAGCCCUGGAGCGCCUGGCAGGUCUGGAGCGGGCCGAGUCCAACAAAAUCCGCUCGCGGACCUCCUCAGACUGCACAGACGCAGCCUACAUCGUCCGCCAGAGCAGCUUCAACAGCCAGGAGGGCAACACCUUCAAGCUCCAAGAGAGUAUAGACCCUGCAGGUGAGGAGACCAUGUCCCCAACUUCUCCAACCCUAAUGCCCCGUAUGCGAAGCCAUUCUUUCUAUUCAGUCAAUGUGAAAGACAAAGGUGGUAUAGAAAAGUUGGAAAGUCUUUUUAAAGAAAGGUCCCUGAGCCUACACCGUGCUACUAGUUCCCACUCUGUAGCAAAAGAAUGCAAAGCUCCUGCAGCCCCUGCAAACACCUUGGCCAUUGUUCCUGAUUCCAGAAGACCAUCUUCAUGCAUAGACAUCUACGUGUCUGCCAUGGAUGAGCUCCACUGUGAUAUAGACCCUCUGGACAAUUCCAUGAACAUCCUUGGGCUGGGCGAGCCAAGCUUUUCGGCUCCAGUACCUUCCACAGCCACUUCAAGCAGUGCCUAUGCAACUCUUGCGCCCACAGACAGACCUCCAAGCCGGAGCAUUGAUUUUGAGGACAUUACCUCCAUGGACACUAGGUCUUUUUCUUCAGACUAUACGCACCUCCCAGAAUGCCAAAACCCCUGGGACACUGACCCUCCAAUGUACCACACCAUCGAGCGUUCCAAAAGUAGCCGCUACCUAGCCACCACACCCUUUCUUCUAGAAGAGGCCCCCAUUGUGAAAUCUCAUAGCUUUAUGUUUUCUCCUUCGAGGAGCUAUUACGCCAACUUUGGGGUGCCUGUGAAAACAGCAGAAUACACAAGUAUUACAGACUGUAUUGACACAAGGUGUGUCAAUGCCCCUCAAGCAAUUGCCGACAGGGCCACCUUACCUGGAGGUCUUGGAGGCAAAGUGGAGGACUCAUCUUGCUGCCAUCCUGAGCGAGAAGCAGAACUGAGUCACCCCAGCUCUGACAGUGAGGAGAAUGAGGCCAAAGGCCGGAGAGCUACCAUUGCGAUACCCUCCCAAGAGGGCAAUAACUCAGACAGAACCCUGUCCAACAACAUCACUGUUCCCAAGAUGGAGCGCGCCAACAGCUACUCAGCGGAGGAGCCAAGCGCACCAUAUGCACACACCAGGAAGAGCUUCUCCAUCAGUGACAAACUCGACAGGCAGCGGAACACAGCAAGCCUGCGAAAUCCCUUCCAGAAGAGUAAGUCCUCCAAGCCGGAGGGCCGAGGGGACAGCCUGUCCAUGAGGAGACUGUCCAGAAUGUCUGCUUUCCACAGCUUUGAAAGCAAGCACAACUAAACCUUCGUAGUAAGCGUUGCAGGAGGCUCAAGAAGCCAGCCCUAAAAUUCUCCCCGAACUCCACCUGUUCCCCUUCCUUGAAACAUACCUGCUUUAUUCCUAGCUGAGCAAAAUAAUCAAUGCCUUGGGAGGUAUUAACUCAAAAGUGACUUCUGGGCCACAGAUCAAGAAAGCAUUUGAUCUGGCCCAGUGCCAAACACGGGCGAUGUAAGUCAUGUUCACACUUGAUGGGCAGGGAGGGGAAAGAGAGGCAGAAGAGGGCUGAGAUGAAUGUGUCUCACUAGUCACUUCAGAAAGCCAUGAGCUCUGGGAAUGAAGGGGCUUCAAGCACUCUCCAUGCCAGGACGCAUCUUUCGAUUUCUGACCAUUAUCAAGAGUUUUAGGAUGCAGGGCUAAAUUGCAAAAUAAAAUAAAAUAAAGUAGCCAGCAUACAAAUGAGAUAUUCUAAACUUCAAUUCUGUUUUCUUUUCACAUUGGCUCCAUCACUGGUGACUGAUGAAGAGCAUCCUUUUUAUUCAGUAUAAGCCGGCAGCAAGCGGUUCUACCUAACGUUCCACAUCCUUCUCAUGCCAACACUUCUGUAAUUGAUCAUUAUAAAGAAAAAACAAGGUAACAGUCAUAGUUCACCUGUCUCUUAUAUAUUCACUUCUGGUGCCACAACUGUUUAUCAUUUUUGAAGAAAAUAAAGGGAAAAGAAAUGCCUUCUUGUAUUGCAAUCAAAGUGAAAGAAGAAUUGAUGUUAAAAACAAAUGUCAGGUGGUUUGUUAUAUACAGUGGGCAUUCAAGUAUAGUCGAGCAAGCUCAGGAUGAAUGUAAUUAAAUAAUUUUAUAUUUUUUAAUUUAUUUUGCAUCUCACCUGUCAUCAACGAAGUCACUCACUGAAUAUGUAAUAGUGAACUAAAAAAAUAAUAGUAGGCAGAACUUACCUAAAAUUGCUAUAUGGGAUACAGUUAUAUUUUUACCACUCAUGUCAUGUGUAUGCUGCUGUGUGACCUUCAUCAUUUGCAUGACUCCACCAUGUCUUCUCAACAUCUCCCAGAUGUAACUGCCAACUUUUCAUACCACUCAUCACAUGACCAUUUUGUAUAUGAAUAUCUGGUUACAUGUGGAUAUUUUCAUACCUAGAGUUUUGCCAUUUAAUCCGAGCUCGGCAUCAAUUUAAUUGGAAUUUUUCAAGGGCUGGUAUCUUUUUUAUGGAAAUGUUCCAAAGUACUUUUUAAGGAAGUUUCAAAACCAUAAAUAAGCUUAGAAUUGACUGGGAGUUUGGUAUCAACCCAAAGCCAUCAGUUGCAGGCAUACUAUGAAUAUUUUUCUUACAUAUAGAGCUAUAAAAAAGAUACAGUAGACUAAAAUAGAGAGCAAAUAAACCAUAUAAAGAGUUCUAUAGUAUAUGCUGUUUAUAUACAUAUAUAUGAAUUUACACAGAGAGACAUGUUUAUAUAUAGUAUCUAAACAGACAUAUAGCACUUUCUUAAGAGGCUUGGACUUUUCUAUCACAUUAAGGUGUAACCAGGACUUUUUAAUAUCCAAGGAGAUCCAUUGAAAGAGUUCAUUAUAUUAUAUUUUGACAGAUGUUGAAAUUAUGAUUUUUAAAGUCUCUAUGACCUUAACUUUUCCUCAUACCAAACUAGAGUUGCCAAAAUGACUAGCUACCUGCCCUUGGCCUCUCUUUUUGUCUGGAAGCACUCAAUCUCAAGACAUCUCAUUUAGUCUAGUUUCUCCUGCACAAAGGGAUCACAGCAAGUGCAAUAUGAAUAGACAUGCAAUUCUAAACCAGAUGGGAUUACAGACUCCAGAAUAUAGGCAUGUGCUUCUAGAUCAGAAUCUGGAUUUGAAGUGGGGUAAAGAAAUCUUGACCUUCAAAUCUUCGGAUUCCUAUUUGGAUCACUGAUUUAAAAGAGAUUAAAAUCUUUAACAAAAAUGACUUAAUGUUCUUGGCCCAAAAUACAACCUGGUUCUUUUGUUUAGUAGUAGCUGUGAACUCCAAUUUUCUCAUUCUAUGAAGUGAAGUAACUGGGUGGACAAAACCUCUAGUCCUUAAAUAUUUCAAAAAAAAAAAAAAUGCCCUGCUGAACAAGCUUUUGGGAUGUAGAAAUAGUGAUGAGGCCACAAAUAAAGAAUUAAAGAAUUCUCUUUUCACUCCUUGGUAUUUAGGUGAAUCAGAAACAAGCAACCAAGAGUCCCUCAUAUGUAAUUGCUCUAGAAACACUUACCUUUUUAUUGAGCGCCGCAUUGGCUAUUUCCCCCUCAGCCAACAUGCAUUUGGUGUGAGAAUAAAUCAUUUGCCCUUAAACUUCCUUGAGUCAUGAAUUUCUAUAAGAAUCGGAUUAAAGCUCUGAGCCCUCUCCCCAGAAAAACAUGUACACACAUGCAUAGCUGCAAUAUAACUUUAAAGAGUUCGUGUCCCCUGGUUCCGUAUUGAUUGAUAGUGAGAAAGGGGAACAUGUUUGUUCAUAAUCAACACUGUUGUAAUAGGCACUUUACAUUUUGAGACCAUUUCUCUGUGAUUCUCAGGAAGGCCAAGUCUCAGCACCAGAGUUUGAACCAAGAUUUUGUUAUUUUCGUCCCUUAGAUUAGAUUUUGCUAGUUUGAUGGAUUUACAUCCUGACAUUUUGAUGAUUUUGAGUAUAGAGCACACUCUCAAGGCCGGGAGGCUCUCUGAGGUAGUCUGUAGAUGAAUCCAAGAAGGAGGUGAAACCAAGUUCUCUGACCACAGAGCAGGACAUCACAGCACCUCCAGGGCCUCAUUCUGGACCAGAUUGAAACUGGGGGAAAAAAAUUAUGAGCAUGAGUGUUUCUAUUCAUCAUGAUUUCUUGAGAGAAGAGAACAGGACCUGGGAAACAAAGUACUUAACAGUCCUGACCUUGUGACUACCUGGUUCUUUUGUUGUGCGUGAAAAUGAAGCUCUUCACAUCUUUUGUGAAGUGUGUGAACUGUCUAAGCCAAAUUUAAAUGACUUUAAACACAAACUGUGUAACUUUCAUGAGCCAUUUCUUUCCUGUGCACAUACAUGUGUGUUAUGUUUCAAUCCAUUUCUUUCCAUUUCUAAUUCUCUGCACACCGAUGUGGCAUCGAUUCUGUGGCCUUGUCCAGUCAGCUUGUGUUCAGCUCAUUUAUUGCACCAUGUCCCUGAUGGAGGGGACAUUAAUUACCUGUCUCUGUGAAUUAAGCAGCUCAUGAGCGGCAAGUUAUUGAGGAGCGUAAAUAAAGUCAUAGCGAGCUCAAGGAAGUAAUGGCUUUGGUUUAAUCAUCUGCAUCUGAGGUGCCAAUUUUUAUAUACUACUCUAUGUAAUGAUUUGUUCUAAAUUGCCUGGCCCUUUUGAAAAAGAGUGAAGGAUGUUUUAUGAAAAUGACCAUGGAAAUUUCCUGAUUAACCAACAUACUUUAUAUUUAUAGUUAGACACUCCCUCCUUGACGGAUUUGAAUGAGCAGCUGGAAAGCUUGGGUAUAAUUGUCAUGGCUGGUUGGUGUAUUGUUCUAAGCCAAAAGGUGUAUUAGCAUCAGAAUGCAGCACUUUACAGAAGUGGAUUUUUUUUAAGUCUAAGCUUCCAGGUAUAGGAUAUUAUUUAGCACUUUGAAAGUUCCCCCUUUAAAAUAUACAUGUAAGAAUAAUCAAAUGGGAAAAACGUACUUGUAAAAACACAAAAUGUGUUUCUUCUGAAUGUUUCAAAUGUUGUCUACAGGAUGGUUUCUAUAGAUAAUAUUAUGGUAGAUAACUGGAUAGUACAUCGAUUCCACUUUCUGAGGCUCUUCAGUCUAAUCUUCCUGAAUGUUUGGGCUGCUUAACUUCUUUAAUGAUAAUAAAUAUUAUCCAGUCAUCCAUCACGCUAUCUCUCUAGGCUGCACCAUUCAAUGUGUUGGGCAACACUGUAUUAUCAAACACACAUAAACAUAUAUGUAACCGUAUUUAACCCAGCGUAGUUGUAGCAUGUGGUUGUGUUAAUGAACGUUACAGGACAGCUUUAUAAUUACUUACAAAUCUGUAACAUUCAAUAAAGAAGCACAUGUUGCAAGGAUUAAUUAUGUUCCCAAUUCCAUGUUAUUUAGCAUCCUCGUGAAAUGGGCACUUUUGUUCCUGAUCUGCUCGGUGUUUUCACACUCCUGCAGAACACUGUAAAAUAUUUGUAUAAGCUGAUGUCCAUCCUCUAACCAGCCUGUGAGCUGUGGUGGGCAAGUUGUGAAUUUGGGAAAGACGAACUGGCAUGUUAUGCAAAAGACUAUAUGACAAAUGAACUUAAAAUAAUAUUUUAAACUCCAGUUGAAUUAGCUGUUUGUUUACAUCUGCUGACCCCAUGUGGAAGCAGUGUACAGUAUUUUAUAAAUAUGUUCAUUUAGUAACUCUAAUAUGUUUGUUUCUAGAUAAAGUGAUGUUAGUGUGU